UAGAUCUACCAAAUAUCCCACUAAAUUGCCUUUAUUUUUUUUUCCCUCUUCAACUCCAUUUCACCGUUACUUUUACUUCUCCAGAAAUCAAGCUCAAAACUUUCUUCUUCUUAUUAUUGUCACCAUUUUCUUCUUCUUCUUCUUCAUCGUUUUUCGUAGAGCCAAACCCUAGAUCUGCAAUGCAGCACCUCCGGCCCCGCCGGGAUUCCGCUCCGGCCGCCGCCAAAUGGCACAACAAGUUUGAGGAGAAUUUGGAGCAAUGGCCGCAUCUGAAGGAGCUGGUUCAGUGCUACACCGCGGACAUGGUGAAGGACGAGAACAAGUACGGACACUACGAGAGUAUCGGUCCUGUGUCGUUCCAGAACCAGAUUUAUGAAGGUCCUGAUACUGAUAUCGAGACUGAAAUGCGUCUUGCUAGUGCAAGGCGAACCAAGGCUGAAGAUACUACUGAUGAUGAUGUGCCAAGUACCUCAGGAAGGCAAUUUGCGGAGGCUACUGCUUCUGACGCAUCGCAAUCGAAUACCCCGAAGCACUUUGGUCAGUCCCCAUUACCAGCUUAUGAACCGGCUUUUGACUGGGAAAACGAAAGGUCGAUGAUAUUUGGUCAAAGGAUUCCAGAAACUCCUAUAUCCCAUGGAUUGAAGAUCUCUGUCAAAGUUUUGUCCCUAUCUUUCCAAGCAGGGCUAAUUGAGCCAUUUUAUGGUACAAUAUGCUUAUUCAAUAGGGAUCGACGGGAAAAAUUGUCUGAAGAUUUCUAUUUCCGUGUGGUACCGACUGAUACGCAGGAUGCCAAUAUUUCUUUUGAAUCUCGUGGUAUUUUUUAUUUAGAUGCACCAUCAGCAUCAGUUUGUCUGCUAAUUCAGCUAGAGAGGCAUGUGACGGAAGAAGGCGGGGUUUCUCCUUCUGUCUAUUCUCGUAAAGAGCCAGUUCACUUGACUGAGAGGGAGAGGCAAAAACUGCAGGUGUGGUCUCAAAUAAUGCCUUACAGAGAGUCCUUCGCCUGGGCCAUUGUUUCAUUAUUUGAUAACAGCAUUACUGCAGCUUCUGGUGGGUCUGCUUCCCCAAGCAGCCCUCUUGCCCCGAGUGUGUCUGGUUCAAGUUCCCAUGAGGGGCUUUUUGAGCCUAGUGCAAAGGUCACUUUAGAUGGGAAGUUGGGUUAUUCAAGUGGGAGCUCUGUUAUAGUGGAAAUAUCAAACUUAAAUAAAGUUAAAGAAAGCUAUACAGAGGACUCACUUCAGGAUCCAAAACGCAAAAUUCAUAAACCUGUGAAAGGUGUUCUGAGACUGGAAAUUGAGAAGCACCAAAUUGACCAUGCUGACUUGGAAAAUAUAUCAGAAAGUGGUAGUGUGACCAAUGAUUCUGUUGAUCCAGGGGAUCACAUUACUGAUUCCUCAUAUGGGAAGCUUCCCAGUAAUGGUUCAGAUGGGCCUCACGGCAGCCAUUCUAAGUGGAAUUCUUUUGAUGCUGGAAAUGGAUCAAAUGUUCAAAGGGGUCAAGAUUGCAAUGCUGAUGAUUUCCAAGCUUUCGACUUCCGCACUACAACAAGAAACGAGCCCUUUUUGCAGCUUUUUCAUUUUCUCUAUGUAUAUCCCUUAACUGUUAGUUUAAGUCGGAAGAGGAAUUUGUUUGUGCGGGUUGAGCUUAGGGAGGACGAUACUGAUAUUCGUAGACAGCCUUUAGAGGCGAUGUAUCCGAGGGAGCAUGGUACAACACUCCAGAGGUGGGCUCACACACAAGUUGCUGUUGGGGCUAGGGUAGCCUGCUACCAUGAUGAGAUCAAACUUUCGCUUCCUGCUACCUGGACACCAACUCAUCAUCUCUUAUUCACCUUAUUCCAUGUUGAUCUUCAAACGAAAAUGGAAGCUCCAAAGCCCGUAGUAAUUGGAUAUGCUUCUCUCCCAUUAUCUACACAUGCUCAGUUGCGAUCUGAGAUUUCUUUACCGAUCAUGAAAGAGCUGGUUCCACAUUAUCUCCAGGAUUCUAGCAGGGAGAGGCUGGAUUAUUUGGAAGAUGGAAAGAAUAUCUUUAGAUUGCGCUUAAGACUUUGUUCGUCAUUGUACCCUAUUAAUGAACGCAUUAGAGAUUUUUUUCUUGAAUAUGAUAGGCACACUCUUCGAACAAGCCCACCUUGGGGUUCUGAACUUCUUGAGGCUAUUAACAGUUUGAAGAAUGUUGAUUCCACUGCUUUGCUUCAGUUUCUUCAUCCAAUUCUGAAUAUGCUUCUCCAUCUGAUAGGCAACGGUGGAGAAACCCUCCAGGUUGCAGCUUUUAGAGCCAUGGUUAAUAUUGUUACCAGGGUGCAGCAGGAGUCAGUUGAUGAUGCUGAAAGGAAUCAUUUUCUAGUUAACUAUGUUGAUUAUGCUUUUGAUGACUUUGGGGGUCGUCAGCCUCCAGUUUAUCCUGGUCUGUCCACUGUUUGGGGAAGCCUGGCUCGAAGUAAGGCUAAAGGCUACCGUGUUGGGCCUGUAUAUGAUGAUGUUUUAGCCAUGGCUUGGUUUUUUCUUGAACUUAUUGUCAAGUCAAUGGCAUUGGAAAAAACUCGCCUUUUCUAUCAUAGUCUUCCACUAGGUGAAGAUAUUCCACCCAUGCAACUUAAAGAAGGUGUUUCCAGAUGUAUCAUGCAGUUGUAUGAUUGCCUGCUGACAGAAGUACACGAGCGUUGUAAGAAGGGGUUAAGCCUCGCAAAACGCUUGAACAGUAGUUUGGCUUUCUUUUGUUAUGAUCUUUUGUCAAUUAUAGAACCUCGCCAAGUUUUUGAAUUGGUGUCCUUGUACCUGGAUAAGUUUUCUGGAGUUUGUCAACCUGCUCUGCACGAUUGCAAGCUCACAUUUUUGCACAUUAUCUGUGAUCACGACCUUUUUGUUGAAAUGCCUGGGAGAGACCCUUCAGAUAGGAACUACCUCUCAUCUGUCCUAAUUCAAGAGCUUUUCCUUACAUGGGAUCACGAUGACUUAUCUUUGCGAGCAAAGGCAGCUAGAAUUUUGGUGGUCCUCCUGUGCAAGCAUGAAUUUGAUGCUCGGUACCAAAAGCCUGAAGAUAAGCUGUAUAUUGCACAGCUAUAUUUUCCUCUUAUUGGCCAGAUUUUGGAUGAAAUGCCGGUCUUCUACAAUCUUAAUGCAGUUGAAAAGCGUGAAGUUCUAAUUGUUAUUUUGCAAAUUGUGCGAAAUCUUGAUGAUGCAUCACUGGUGAAAGCAUGGCAACAGAGCAUUGCACGGACCAGAUUAUUUUUCAAACUCAUGGAGGAAUCGCUUGUGCUUUUUGAGCAUAGAAGAUCUGCUGAUGUCAUGCUUGUGGGAUCUAGUUCUCGCAGUCCUGUUGGGGAUGCCCCUGCUUCCCCUAAAUACUCUGAUAGACUUUCUCCCUCAAUCAAUAAUUAUUUGUCUGAGGCAUCAAGACAAGAAGUUAGACCUCAGGGAACGCCUGAAAAUGGUUAUCUGUGGCAGAGAGUGAAUUCUCAGUUAAGCUCUCCUAGCCAACCUUAUUCAUUGAGAGAAGCUCUUGCUCAGGCACAAUCUUCUAGAAUUGGCGCUUCUGCUCAGGCCCUUAGAGAAUCUCUACACCCGAUAUUGAGGCAAAAACUGGAGCUUUGGGAAGAAAACUUGAGUGCUUCUGUCAGUCUUCAGGUUUUGGAAAUAACUGAGAAAUUUUCCAUCAUGGCAGCAUCACAUAGUAUUGCUACAGACUAUGGAAAACUUGAUUGUGUCACAGCCAUUUUUAUGAGCUUCUUCUCCCGAAAUCAACCAUUGGCUUUCUUGAAAGCUUUGCUUCCUGUUUUCAACAGUGUAUACAAUCUUCAUGGCGCAACUUUGAUGGCAAGGGAGAAUGAUCGGUUCUUGAAACAAGUUACUUUCCAUCUUCUUCGACUUGCAGUUUUCAGGAAUGACAACAUCAGGAAAAGGGCCGUCAUUGGGCUUCAGAUUCUUGUUAGGUGUUCGUUCUAUUACUUUAUGCAGACGGCAAGGUUGAGAGUCAUGCUGAUUAUUACAUUGUCCGAGCUGAUGUCUGAAGUGCAAGUGACUCAGUUGAAGCCUGAUGGGACGUUAGAAGAGAGUGGUGAAGCACGACGCCUUAGAAAAUCUUUGAAUGGAAUGUCAGAUGAAGAUAAGAACCCCAAUCUGUUGAGGGAGUGUGGACUUCCUGAGACUGCACUAUUGGCAAUCCCAGAAAAAAUGACAGAGAGCAAGUGGUCCUGGUCAGAUGUGCAAUAUCUCUCUGACAGUCUAAUCCUAGCCCUCGAUGGCAGUUUGGAACAUGCGCUUUUGGGCUCUUUGAUGACUAUGGAUAGAUAUGCAGCUGCUGAAAGCUUUCAUAAACUUGCCAUGGCGUUUGCCCCUGUUCCAGAUCUUCACAUAAUGUGGCUACUUCAUCUAUGUGACGCACAUCAAGAAAUGCAGUCCUGGGCGGAAGCUGCCCAAUGUGCUGUGGCUGUAGCUGGAGUGGUAAUGCAGGCCCUUGUGGCUAGAAACGAUGGCGUUUGGAGCAAAGAUCAUAUAACUGCUCUACGUAAAAUAUGCCCAAUGGUGAGUAGUGAGAUCUCCUCUGAGGCAUCUGCAGCUGAGGUGGAGGGAUAUGGUGCUUCAAAACUCACAGUUGAUUCUGCUGUGAAAUACCUACAACUAGCAAAUAAACUUUUCUCUCAAGCUGAGCUCUUUCAUUUUUGUGCAAGCAUUCUGGAACUCGUCAUUCCAGUUUACAAGAGCAGGAGGGCGUACGGACAGCUGGCAAAAUGUCACACUAUGCUUACUAAUAUCUACGAAUCAAUUCUUGAGCAGGAAUCAAGUCCAAUUCCAUUCACUGAUGCCACCUACUAUAGGGUUGGAUUUUAUGGUGAGAGAUUUGGAAAGCUGGACAGAAAAGAAUAUGUUUAUCGAGAGCCCCGUGAUGUACGGCUCGGUGACAUAAUGGAGAAACUUAGUCAUAUCUACGAGUCUCGGAUGGAUGGGAGCCACACCCUGCACAUUAUUCCAGAUUCUAGGCAAGUGAAGGCAGAUGAAUUGCAGCCUGGAGUCUGCUAUCUUCAAAUAACUGCUGUUGAUCCAGUCAUGGAAGAUGAAGAUUUGGGUAGCAGAAGGGAGAGAAUCUUUUCUCUGUCAACUGGAAGCGUCCGUGCACGGGUUUUCGACCGAUUUUUGUUUGAUACCCCAUUUACCAAGAAUGGAAAGACUCAAGGCGGAUUGGAAGACCAAUGGAAGAGAAGAACCGUUCUUCAGACUGAGGGCUCAUUUCCUGCACUUGUUAACAGGCUCUUGGUAACGAAAUCCGAGUCACUUGAGUUCUCUCCAGUAGAAAAUGCAAUCGGAAUGAUUGAAACUCGAACUGCUGCUUUACGAAAUGAACUUGAAGAGCCUCGAAGUUCUGAAGGGGACCAACUCCCACGUUUGCAAAGCCUACAAAGGAUUCUUCAAGGCAGUGUUGCAGUCCAGGUCAACAGUGGAGUACUAAGUGUAUGCACUGCAUUCUUGUCCGGUGAGCCAGCAACGAGGCUGCGGUCUCAGGAACUGCAGCAACUCAUAGCUGCGCUCCUUGAAUUCAUGGCCGUUUGCAAGCGAGCGAUCCGCGUACACUUCAGAUUGAUUGGAGAGGAAGACCAAGAAUUCCACACACAGCUUGUAAAUGGAUUCCAAUCUUUGACUGCCGAGUUAUCCCAUUAUAUCCCCGCCAUUCUGUCGGAGCUUUGACGAUGUUGUAGCAUUAUUGUAUUUUCUCCUUUAAUGUAGCGGCUUGAAAUGUGUUAAUAUCCUAUUGUUUUCUCUUUUUAAUUUUGAAAAGUAAUCGUCUCAUCUUCUUGGUUGUUCAUAUGUAACUAAUGUUUUUGUCAUCAAAAUUAAACUUACUAGAGUAAUCGCUAAUGGAUCUUGUGUUGUGAAUGGCAUUUUUUUGGCACUUGUACAAGUGUGUUUUACCUGCUGCAAGCUUAAGAUUGUGAUUAGAUAUAUAAAAUUAU